AAAAAUAUCAGAUAAUCAAACAGUAAAACAGUCAUCUGUAUGGUGUAGUAUAUGAUUACUAAUUAAAAGAUUGCGAUGAGCCAUAAUUACAUACAAAUAUUCUGUGCGCCUUCACGAAGUGUAUAUUAUUUGAAUUAAGUUAUCAAAUAUUUACACGAGGAAAGACUUAUUUAAAAAUAUGCAUUCAAUUGAAAAAAAGGGUAAAACAGUGGAUCUAGCAUCCUUAGAACCAGCAGCUAGGGUUAAGCAGUUGGCGAACUAUGGGGCAAUGGUAGAUGUUGAUCCAAACGUUCCUCCUAGAAGGUAUUAUCGAUCUGGAUUAGAAAUGGUGAGGAUGGCAAAUGUGUAUCUAGCUGAGGGCAGCUUAGAAAACGCUUAUAUAUUAUACAUGAAGUUUAUGACCCUGUUUGUAGAGAAGAUUCGGAAACACCCAGAGUACAACACUGUGCCAUCAGAAGUUAAAGCGGUCAAUCAGAGUAAACUAAAAGAAGUUAUGCCAAAGGCAGAAAAGUUAAAGCAAAAGUUGUUAGAUGUCUAUGCUAAAGAACACACUCUAUAUAUUGAAAAUGAGGCAAAGAGAAAAAUAGCGGAGGAGGCAAGAAGAAAGCAAGAGCAAGAAGAUGCGAAAGUCGCUCAAAGACUUCAAGCCGAUGAGAACAGACAAGAUGGUCACAGCACUACACCAUAUUUAUUACAUGCGGAUCAAUGGGCUGUGACACCAACAGCGCCUCCAGUGGAUGAUGUGUUGUAUCCGGAUGACUUUGCAGAUCCUCCUCGUUCAUUGCCAGGUGUUCCAUCAGCUGUACCCCCCGCCAUCAUUCCACCGUCAAGACCUGCUGUUGAUUCAAGUGGACUGUUGGAUGCGAGGCGUCUUCGUACGGUUGUGAUACCCACGGCACUGUUGCCAAGAUUUUUAUCACUGGCUGCCCAAAACACAGCCGCAAACAAAGAAACUUGCGGCAUACUAGCUGGGAGACUGGAACAAAAUCAAUUGAAGAUCACGCAUGUGGUGGUGCCCAAACAGACGGGAACAUCAGACUCGUGUAGUACAAACAAUGAGGAAGACAUCUUUGAAUACCAGGACAAACACAAUCUCAUCACCUUGGGAUGGAUACAUACCCAUCCGACCCAGACGGCAUUUCUUUCAUCUGUGGAUCUUCACACACAGUGCUCCUACCAGCUCAUGAUGCCGGAAGCCAUCGCUAUUGUCUGCGCACCAAAAUAUCAAGAGACCGGUUACUUCGCUCUGACUCAGGACCACGGUAUGUCGUUCAUAGCCAAAUGUCGUCAGCCUGGGUUCCAUCCACAUCCAUCAGAUCCACCGCUGUUCUACAGCGUAACCCACACAAAGCUUGAUGAAUCAGCGCCAGUUGAAAUGGUAGAUUUGAGAAGAUGAAGGGAUAUUCAGAACUUAGGGGGCUUGAAUUUGACAAAUCUACUGACGUCACAGCUUAGAUGAAGCACCUUUAUUUAUAUUAAUAUAUAAUCUGUUUAACAUAAGUUACUCUGUUAUGUUUUGUCAUAAUAAAUUAUAAGGUAUCA